AUGAAACAGUGGCUUUUGGUGAGAAGAUGGUAUCGUGCUGGUGGUGACUGCAAGGGAGAGACUUCUGAAUCAGAAAAUGAAAGUGACACCACUUCACCAACUGAUGAGGACCAGAUUGCUAUGCCUGUGGAUGAUGCUUCUUCUGCAGUUGUUGCUGAAAACAAGGCAGACAUAGCAGCAGCAAAAUUUAACUCUGACGAUGAUUAUCUGCAAAAAGAUAUUUCUGAAGUUUAUAACGCAAUAUUGGGCGCUCAGAAUAACAUAGGAUUAGGUAUUCUACCUCCUCUUGACGCUGUCAAGAUUCCGAUAGACAAAUUUAAAGCCAUAAUGGAAAUAGUGGGUCUUGACUAUGAAGACGUUGGGGAUUAUCCGCCUCACCAGCAUUAUAUGAGAGUAAGGAUUCGUACUUUACAAGACACUUCAUGAAACCGUGGCUUUUGCGAAGGUACUAAUUUCAGAUAACUUUAUUUAUGUUUGAUAUUACAAU